GUGGGCGGAUCAAAGCGGCCGCCCGCCUUAUAAAGCAGUUUGGGAGGCCCGCGCCGGAGAUUGCGCCGGGCGAGGAGGAGAGCUCGGGCGAGCGGCGAGCACAGGCCCCGGGAGUUGAGCGCAGCCGAGAGCAGCCGGAGUCCGCGCCUGACUCCGCGCGGGUCCUGAGCCGGCCGCAGCUUGCCAGGAUCCCUGGCGUCCUUCUGGCGCCGCUUCACGAAGAGGGCGCCUCCGCCGCUAGCCCAGCCGCAGUGCGCACCGGCCCGCUGGAAACUGCGCUCGCGGCUCCCAGGGCAGGCCAGGGCACCCGGGCACGCAGGGCGCGCCUGGCGAGCGCCCCGGAAGGCGGCAUUCAGGACCAGCAGCGGCCGUGCAGGCGGAGGACUUCAGCGCGGCUCCUCCUGGGUGUGACCCCGGGCGCGCCCGCUGCGCGACGAUGAGGGCGCGGCCGCAGGUCUGCGAGGCGCUGCUCUUCGCCCUGGCGCUCCAGACCGGCAUAUGCUAUGGCAUCAAGUGGCUGGCACUGUCCAAGACACCAGCAGCCCUGGCACUGAACCAGACGCAACACUGCAAGCAGCUGGAGGGCCUGGUGUCUGCACAGGUGCAGCUGUGCCGCAGCAACCUGGAGCUCAUGCACACGGUGGUGCACGCUGCCCGUGAGGUCAUGAAGGCCUGUCGCCGGGCCUUCGCCGACAUGCGCUGGAACUGCUCCUCCAUCGAGCUCGCCCCCAACUAUUUGCUUGACCUGGAGAGAGGGACCCGGGAGUCGGCCUUCGUGUAUGCGCUGUCGGCCGCCACCAUCAGCCACGCCAUCGCCCGGGCCUGCACCUCCGGCGACCUGCCGGGCUGCUCCUGCGGCCCCGUCCCAGGUGAGCCACCCGGGCCCGGGAACCGCUGGGGAGGAUGUGCGGACAACCUCAGCUACGGGCUCCUCAUGGGGGCCAAGUUUUCCGAUGCUCCUAUGAAGGUGAAAAAAACAGGAUCCCAAGCCAAUAAACUGAUGCGUCUACACAACAGUGAAGUGGGGAGACAGGCUCUGCGCGCCUCUCUGGAAAUGAAGUGUAAGUGCCAUGGGGUGUCUGGCUCCUGCUCCAUCCGCACCUGCUGGAAGGGGCUGCAGGAGCUACGGGAUGUGGCUGCUGACCUCAAGACCCGAUACCUGUCGGCCACCAAGGUAGUGCACCGACCCAUGGGCACCCGCAAGCACCUGGUGCCCAAAGACCUGGAUAUCCGGCCUGUGAAGGACUCAGAACUCGUCUAUCUGCAGAGCUCACCUGACUUCUGCAUGAAGAAUGAGAAGGUGGGCUCCCACGGAACACAAGACAGGCAGUGCAACAAGACAUCCAAUGGAAGUGACAGCUGCGAUCUUAUGUGCUGCGGGCGUGGCUACAACCCCUACACAGACCGCGUGGUAGAGCGGUGCCACUGUAAGUACCACUGGUGCUGCUACGUCACCUGCCGCAGGUGUGAGCGUACCGUGGAGCGCUAUGUCUGCAAGUGAGGCCCUGCCCUCCGCCCCAUGCAGGAGCGAGGACUCUGCUCAAGGACCCUCAGCACCUGGGGCCAGGGGUCUGGAGACACUCCAUGGAUUCUGCUUGUGAAUUCCAGAUGCCAGGCAUGGGAGGCGGCUUGUGCUUUGCCUUCACUUGGAAGCCACCAGGAACAGAAGGUCUGGCCACCCUGGAAGGAGGGCCGGGACAUCAAAGGAAACCGACAAGAUUAAAAAUAACUUGGCAGCCUGAGGUCCUGGAGUGCCCAUGGGCUGGUCUAAGGAGCGGGGCUUGGGAUUGGUGAGACUGAUACAGACGUGACCUUUCAGGGCCACAGAGACCAGCCUCCGGGAACGGGUCUGCCCGCCUUCUUCAGAAUGUUCUGCGGGACCCCCUGGCCCACCCUGGGGUCAGAGCCUGCUGGGCCAACCACAUGGAACCACUAGCUUGGGUUGUAAAUGUUUUCCUUUGUUUUUUUGAUUUUUCUUCCUUUGGGAUGUGGAAGCUACAGAAAUAUUUAUAAAACAUAGCUUUUUCUUUGGGGUAGCACUUCUCGAUUCCUCUUUAUAUAUUUUAUAUAUAUAAAUAUAUAUGUGUAUAUAUAUAUAUAUAUAAUGAUCUCUAUUUUAAAACAAGCUUUCUAAGCAGCUGUACGAAAUAAAUGCUGAGUGAGCCCCAGCCCGCCCCUGCA